AUGUACAGACGCCAGACAGUAGGGAAAAAGAGCAGCAACCUACCUGAAUUUAUAUUUACUCGAAAAGUGUCUAUAGUUAUAAGCGAGUGCGGCCAGGGUGAGAGAGUGAUAGAACUGAGGGAGGAGUUAAAGUACUCAUUCAAUCCGUUUUCCUGGGAUAAAGCCACGGUGAAGGCUUUCUUCAGCAUUGCCAGCUGCAAGGCUGAGGAAAUUGGCAACGAGGUCCUCUCUAGGACUUUGUUUGUCUAUCCUCAAACGAAGACUUACUUUUCUCACUGGAAUGACCUGAGCCCAGGCUCUCCCCAGGUGAGGAGGCAUGGACAGACAGUGAUCCAGGGAGUCCUCAAUGCUGUCGAACAGAUUGAUGACCUUAAAACUGGUCUGUUUAUUCUCAGAGAGCUGCAUGCCUUCACGCUGCGCGUGGACCCGGCCAAUUUCAAGAUCAUCUCGCACAAUAUGCUCGUGGUCUUUGCUAUGCUGUUUCCCAACGACUUCACCCCCGAAGUCCACGUUUCUAUGGACAUUAUUCGGAAGGGCAACAGCGGGAGGAAUUAUCCAUCCUUCCCAUGGGAAUCUACUCUACAUUUUACUCUAAUGAAAGUCAAGUGCAAGAAUACAGACAGAUAUAAUAUAUUAAUACAAUGAUUACUGUAUUUGUCCCAAUAUAU